AUGGCAGAGGCUCUUGGGCUUGCCGCAAGCGUCAUCGCCAUCGGUGACCUGCUUGUUAAGAUCGGUGUGCUCUGCUCCGGGUACUGCGCGGACCUCAAGAUUGCCCGACGCGACGUUCGAGACAUCCUCAACGAGGCUGAUAAGCUCUCAGCGACCCUCAAAGAUGUCGAACGACUCCACGCCGGCCCGAAUGGUGCGAAACUGGAGGCAUCUCAGAAUGUGCGCCGCGGCGUCGCAGAUUGCUGGGUGCAGCUGGGCGACCUGGCCGCCAAGCUGGAGGAGGGCACAAGAUAUAGACGGAUAGUAUGGCCACUGAAGAAGAAGGAGGUGGCCGACAUAGUCAAGAACCUGGAACGAUGCCGGGCCGGCAUUUCUUUGGACCUACACAUCAAUCAG